AUGUUACAAUCACCAAACCCCGACACCGAGAAAGCCAUCUCACCCAUCAACAACAACAACACCACCACAAUCACGCACCCCCAAAAACUCUACCGCCCAACAACCCAACCCUUCAUCGGCCGGCUGGGAGGAAACCAAUCCUUCACCUCCCCCUCACAGACAAGCACAAACGCCCUCCCAGACACAACACCAUGCAUGCCGCUCUCCUCACAACUGCACCUCUCGGGCUUUAAAUGUAUCUCCCUCUGGAAAGCCGCGCUCCUCGAAGGACUCGGAAGCUUCAUGCUAAACUUUCUCACAAUCUGGAUCUCGAGCUCACCCUCGACCUUCCCGGUUCCGUCCAACGCACAAUGGGGGAAUUUCAACAACGCCGCUUUUCUAGGGCCCCUGGUGGGAGGCCUCACGAAUUGGGUGUUGAUCACGUUGUUUACGUAUGCGUUUGGGGCGGUCACAGGUGCGCAUUUGAAUCCUACCAUCACGAUUGCUACGUUCUUUGCAAGGCUUUGUUCGUUACCUAGGAUGGUACUCUACGUAUCUUUCCAAACUUCUUUCUCCGCGCUCGCGGGCUUGAUGAUCCGCACGGCGCUAGGGACGAGGGAGUUUAAAGCAGGAGGGUGUUGGGUGGAUACGGAUGUUGUGUCAGUGUCGUCCGUGUGGGUGGUGGAGUUUGUAUGUUGUUUGACGUUGUUGUUUCUCGCUUUUGGGGUGGGGUUGGAUCCGAGGCAGAAGAUGGUUAUUGGACCGAGUUUGGGACCAGUGCUUGUGGGGAUGGUGUUGGGUGUUGUGAGCUUUGGGAGCGGGUUUGUGAGGUAUGGGUAUGGAGGUGCGAGUUGUAAUCCGGCGAGGUGUUUGGGGGUAUUUGUGGGGGGAAGGUGGGAGGGGUGGCAUUGGAUUCAUUGGUAGGUGGUUUUCUUUUGGGGGGAGCUUGAUAAUUUCGCUUAAGUUGUCUUUGGGAGCGGCUUGGCUGGGUCUUUUUGUUGUGUGUGGUUAAAGGCUAAUGAAAUUUAUAGGGUUGCGGAUAUUGCUGCUUGUAUGGUUCAUGGGGUAUUUUACUUCUUGAUCCCGCCUUGGGAGGAGUUAGAAGAGAGGGUUCAGCGGCAUCCUUUUGAGAAGAAGUGA